UUAAAAUAUGAGCGAAAUGUCCGAGCUGUUGUUCGAAGGGGAUAACAGGCUUUUUCAUAAGAAGACAGGUUUAUUUGAUAAUAACCAAAAAGCAACUAAUGAUACCAAUUCGAAAAAUAGUAGCGAUAUCCCGUUAAUUAAAUAAAUCUACUGUGUUUCAAGAAAUUCAGGAGGAAAUUCGGAGGGAGCAUGUCUUGCCUGGAGCUGGCCAUCCGAUGCACACAGGUAAGGCUCUUUCGCGGUACAAUUUCGCUAUAUACUGAAGUGGUGUCCUUGCUCUCAUCAGUAUCGGGUUCUGCGUUGUUGAGCAUGAGUGCUUGCUAAAAUAUGGGCAAGACGAACACUCAGACUAUAGACUAUUAAUUCUUGGCUGUCACUUGCUAACAACUAUUGCGCUAGCCAUUAAUAUUGUGAUUACCAAUAAGUGUUGGAUUUGGUGGCGCAAAACUUUAGGGUUAAUUGGGAUUCAUGACGAUCUGAUUAAUACGAAGACAUGGAAAAUUAUGAUCCUGGAAAUAGCUCUUAAUUUUAUAUCUCCGAUGCCAUUUUUCUACAAAGUGCAAUAUGAAGACUAUUAUUAUGUGGACGGGGAGACUGUUAGGCUCCAACUGAACACUAUGUUAAUGCUGCUCAUGGUCAUCAUUAGGAUAUACCAUGCUAAAAGGUGAUAUUUAAUAUCUACAGAAUUUAUGACAGAUCGGGCAAACAGGGUCUGCCCAAUUUAUGGCGUCAGGAACGGGUAUAGAUACUGAAUCAGAGCUGUAUUUAAGAAAAAUCCAUUUGUCUUUUGUUACGCCAACUAUGCUUUUUAUACAAUAGUUUUUGGCUACAUGUUUUACCAUAUUGAGAACGAAGCAAACGAUGGAAAUAUCGGCCGCCCAUAUUUCACCUUCCAAAAUUCGGUCUGGUGCAGCUUCAUCACAAUGACUACUGUCGGUUAUGGUGACUUCUACCCUAAAACUAUCCUUGGCAGAUUUUUAGGUUACUGAUCAGCUUUUGUAGGAGUGGCACUGGAGUCACUUGUCAUUUUAUCGUUCCAAACCGGGUUUUUGCUCCGAAAUGCCGAACUUUCAGCUUAUAUUAUGCUGGAUUCACUUCGGAAGAAAGAAAAGCUGAAGGAAAGAGCAGGCAGAAUGCUUGUCGCACAAUAUCGCUUACAACACUCGACUGAGAAAACUCGUUCAAAAUACUUAAAGAAGUUAAGGUUAUGAUUUAUCGCUUAAAUUUUCAAGGAAAGUGAGGCAGAUUUGGCAUCUAGAGAGAGCGCAUUCUCUUA